AUGGCUGCCGAUAAGCAGGAGACGUCGGAGCGGAUCCUUAAAUGGUACUCGAAUCUCUACAGCCGCAGGGUCGACCUGGUCGGCGAUUUUGCAGGUAGCGAGCGCUUUCUCGUGCACGGCGAAUCACUCCUGCUCCAGUGUUUUACCGACCCGCACCUCGACUUCGACCCUGGCUUCCAACUACUACACGCUGCGUACGGUGUUGAGAAGUUCUUACAGGGUCUUGUUUCUCGAGGCUGCAAUUUCCAUAUUGCUUUUUUCGACGAACACCAAGACCUUUGCAUACCCCAGGAUGUGUCGCCAGCAAUCGGCGAGAAGUACUUGCUUGCACGAGCAGCCAUCAUUCGCCAUCUCAAGGUCAACCUGCCGGACGCUGUCCCCGAGGUUGAGGUCCAUACUUUCGCUUCUUCAUCAUCCGAUGCUUUCGCCGAGUAUCUGCGUUCCACAGAUAUUUACUUUGUUCUUUGUCAUGAUGGAGCUUCGUUCAACGACGUCCGUAAGAAGAUGAUGGAAAAGUCACUACACUCUCUAAAGGGCGAGACCCGAGAGCUUCAGGAACGCCAACAGGAGUACAAGUCGUCAUUCCGCACAUUCAUUUACAGUAUGAUGCAACGAGGCUACAGUGCCGCACUUGUCAACGGACUAGAGUGGAGAGACACCAAGGUGGUCACAACAGUCCUUGAGCACGCACGUUCAAUGACUUUGGACGUUUCCUCAGCUGAGCCCCAUACAAACAAGAGGUUGACCGACGUUGUUGAUCUAUCUCACAUGCGCGGCUUUCUGCAGACUAUCAGGACGUCAUGUGACCAACUUCUUACUGAGCGCGAAUACCUGACAAUAUUGGUGGCUUCGAAGUUAUCAUCCUCGAACAAAGACCUGUCGUCUGUAUUACUGCACCAGGCAGCACUGCUUUCGGAGUUGUCUCUCUCAGAACGCACCAUCAAGCAUUCUGAUAUUCCUGAAGAAAUUAGCUCGUUCAUCUUAGAGUUCUGCCAAGAGGCACGCAAGUUUAUCGGCAGUCCUGCGUGGUCAGAGGCUUUUGCCGGUCACCCAGAUUGCGACAUGGCGGAUCUGAUCGAUGGACGACUCUUUGCUUCGUGUGCUCGCACUCCCUCAGCUGAGCCCAGCGAGCACCUCCAGACUCUACUCAAAGCCACUGCGGCUCUGAAUGGCCUAGAACUUCCAUCACAACCGGCAGUCUCCUUCACAAGUACAGGGUCUGACCCCAGCAACGAAAAUGACGAAGAGAGCUCCGCAUACAAGGUUUUGCCCUUUUCAAACGACAUCUUCGACCCCCAUCUGGCCCCUAUCCAGCUGGAUGUGUCCCGCCAAGGAGGCAAAGCCGACCCAACAACAGCUAACAUCUUCCGGGAGGUUACUCACUGGCACAACCAGAGAUCGCUGAACCAGAAGACAAAGGUGGUCGUAGAAAAAGACCCAAAGAUAGCCAAGAAAGCCCUCCGUCGAAACCAGUUUUUUAUGGCAGAGAUGACAUCUUACGCCGCCAGUCUUACAAACGCUGUGGGUAAAGUGUUGGAUCCAGAGACUAUUACUCUCGGAGACAAGUCGAAGACGACACCCGCCCAGAGUCUUGAGAACAAGCGCCCAAAGCAACAGCAACAGCAGCAGAGACAGAGCACCAAAAACAUCAAUGCUUCUAAACAGGCUAUGAUGGCCGACAUCGCAGCAAGUUCUAAGCGCAAAGACGAGGAGAAUGCAAAGCAGUGGUAUCAAGCCUGGACUGUCUCAUGUGCUGGUUUGGAGAAGCAAGUCGACCUAGCCUCGAGAUACAACAAAGCGAGACAGUACCUCGCCGACCGCAAUGAGGCUCAGCGCCAAGUCAUUGGUCCCGACGUGCGCAUGUACAUGUUGAAUGUUCUCCUGGAAAUGUGGGUACGCUUCUGUCGUGAUAACGAGAAGGAGAAAGGCCUGUACGUCGCAGCGUUGUUGUUCGACACCGCACGGUCUCUCUGCAACUACGCAACCGUAACUAAGACGAUUGCGAAAUGUCUCGCCACGACAGUAGAGCGUCUGAAGCUACCAACGCUGGAGGUGCCUACAGCUCAAGGCGACCGGAAGCUGCCUUUCAAGUUUUCCCUCGAAGAGACAUUAGUAUCGGACCUGGCUCUGACCCUCUCUCCCGAGGAGUUUCAGCUACUCCACUGCGGACCGUACUUUGACCGCACAAUUGACUCUGCACCCGAUCCUCGUGUGGCAUUCGAGCCGGAUGCAUGGCAACGACGUGUGUUGGAUGAAAUCGAUGCUCGUCGAAGUCUUCUUGUCAUUGCCCCUACAUCAGCAGGAAAGACCUUUAUAUCCUUCUACGCCAUGAAGCAAGUCCUGGAGGCUAACAACGAUGAUGUUCUCGUCUAUGUUGCCCCGACAAAGGCCUUGGUCAAUCAGAUUGCCGCCGAAAUCCAGGCUCGCUUCUCUAAGAACUACAAGUACAGCCAGUCUGUAUGGGGUAUUCACACGCGAGACUACCGAAUCAAUAACCCUACGGGUUGUCAGAUCCUAGUAACAGUGCCUCAUAUCCUACAGAUCAUGCUGCUGGCACCUAGCAACGCUAAGGGUUGGUCAGAGCGGGUCAAGUGGAUCAUCUUCGACGAGGUUCAUUGUAUUGGACAGGCAGAGGACGGUAUGGUCUGGGAACAACUGCUGCUGAUGGCCCCUUGCCCGAUCAUUGCCUUGUCAGCUACGGUUGGAAAUGCCGAAGCUUUCAACGAUUGGCUUUCAGCCUCCCAGAAAGCUGCAGGCAAUGAGUUGGUCAUGGUGCAACAUCCACAUAGGUACUCUGAUCUUCGGAAAUUUAUCUACACGCCUCCCACCAAACGCGAUGCUGCUAGCUACCUGCCUCUCCCAAACAACCGCUCAUUUGCGCAACUCGGACUGGAUGAGCACGCAGACUUUGCCUUCCUACAUCCGGUAGCCAGCUUGAUCAACCGUACCCGCGGCCUACCAUCCGAUCUGACCCUCGAGGCCCGCGACUGCCUGACCCUUUGGCAAUCCAUGUGCAAGCACCAAACCGAAGCUUAUCCAGUAGAUAAGUCUUUGGAUCCUUCCACCAUACUCCCGACUGUCAUCAAGAAGGCAGAUAUCAUCAAAUGGCAGUCUGGUCUCAAGAAGCUUCUUUCCGAUUGGAUGGCUGAUGACAAGUCUCCUUUUGAGGCGGUCCGUAAGGAUCUCAGCAAGUCUCUGGCCAAGUUUCAAGAUGCUCCGCGGAUCGAUGAGGCUGAGAAUGACGCUGCUGACAAUGAAGCACAACUGGACGAGCUAGGAAUGGCGAUCAGUCACGAUAUCUCGAGUAUACUGCCUUUGCUAGCUGAUCUUCAACAGCAGGAUGCGCUCCCAGGUAUCAUUUUCAACUAUGACCGCGCAAUCUGCGAAAAGAUGUGCCAAACACUUAUGAAGCAGCUCGUGGAUGCCGAGGUUGCCUGGAAAGAGACAAGCCCGAAGUGGAAGGUCAAGUUGCAACAGUGGGAGGACUGGAAGAAGGAGGUCGCACGACGAGAGAAGCAGGGUCUUCGUGGUGAUGCUUCCAAGGGCAUGACCAAGCAGGAUCAGAUGAAGGAGGCCGCCAACGUCGAAGUGAGCGCCUUCGCAUCCUUCGAUCCGAACAAGCCCCUCGACGGCUUCCACUUUGCCGACCACAAGAAGUUGUCACAAGAAGAGUUCGCAGUACACGCCAAAGAACUGCGUUACCGCGGAGUAGAGGAAUGGCUGAUCGACGGGCUCAUGCGCGGUAUUGGUGUUCAUCACGCUGGUUUGAACCGAAAGUACAGGUAUUGUGUUGAGAUGCUCUUCCGAAAGGGCUACCUACGUGUCGUCAUCGCGACAGGUACACUCGCUCUGGGUAUCAACAUGCCGUGUAAGACUGUGGUCUUUUCAGGAGACUCCGUAUUCUUGAGUGCCCUCAACUUCCGUCAGGCCGCUGGACGUGCUGGACGUCGAGGUUUCGACAUGCUUGGAAACGUCGUGUUCCACGGAGUUUCUCUUAGCAAGAUUCACAAGCUCAUCAGCUCUCGCCUGCCAGACCUUAACGGACAUUUUCCCAUCACAACGACAUUGGUACUGCGCUUGUUCACGUUACUGCACUCGUCCGAGAACGCGCCAUUUGCUGUCCGCUGCGUCAACUCUCUGCUCUCACAGCCGCGAUUAUAUCUAGGCGGUGAGGACGCGAAGAUGACGGUGCUUCAUCACUUACGGUUCUCCAUCGAGUAUCUCCGGAGACAACAUCUUUUGGAUGGACAAGGUGUACCUUUGAACUUUGCGGGCGCCGUGUCCCAUCUUUACUUCACAGAGAACUCGUCAUUCGCUUUCCACGCGCUGCUAAAGGAUGGAUACUUCCACGAGCUCUGCGCAAAGAUCGACACCAACAAGGAGGUUGUGCUCCGCGAACUUAUGCUUACAAUGUCACACCUGUUUGGUCGUAUUCAUUGCCGACAAGCCGAUGAGGAGUAUGUACAGGAAAUCGUCAAGAAGAGUCCAUCGAUUGUGUUCCUACCUCCCAUGCCGGAUCACGCCGCAAAUGUCCUUCGCAAGCACAACAAGACCACGCUUGACAUCUUCACGGCUUACGUGCGCACAUUUGUCGACCAACACAUCCAGGAGCCGGAUAACACCCUCCCCUUGACCGAUGUGAAAGUCGGUGGAGACAAAUCCAAGGGCCAGCCCAAGAAUGUCAAGGCUCGUUCCUCGUUUGUUGCUCUCUCCGGAUACGACGACAAGUUUGAUUCGAUUCACGAUCUGUGCUCGACCAGCCGUUCUGGUGUGUUCCUUGAAGAGGCCGUUGUUCCUCACGUUGGCCUCUAUCCUGAAGACUCCGAUCUUCCACUCAACGCCUACUUGUACGACUUCUUCAACCAUGGCGACGUGAACGCUUUGAUCACGGCCAACAAGAUUCGUCGCGGAGACGUAUGUCUGUCAAGCUUCUUGGGCCUUGCCACAGAGUCCGAUCUCGACUUCAUCGACGUCCGUGGUGGUGGUGAUGACGAGGAGGAAAACCGUGAAGACAAGAUGCUGCCGACCGACGCCGCGACAGAGACUAGCUCAGCCACCACUGGUUCUGCCAACAAGGGUCCUGUCAAGCAGGAAUUGACCAUUCAGCCUAAGAAGAAGUUCAAGAAGAAGGUUGAGGAGUCUUGGGAGGAUGAGAUGGGUAGUGACUCGGCGGAGUCUGAGGUAGAGGAGAGUUGGGACGCUGAGGACGACGAGGACAAGGAGCCGCCUGCUUGGGAGGAGGGCGAAGGCUUGUUGAACGUGCUCAAGGCUUUCAAGGCUCUCAAGGAGGACUUUGACACCAAGUUCAGGGCCAUGUGGGCCUAG